AGUUCAUAGAAAUACAUUUUAGUGAUUAUAACAUGAAUGGUAUUAAUUAUUUAAUGAAAUAUUUGCAAGAGCAAUAUUACAUAUAAUUAAUGUUAUUGGUUAACCUCAAACAAUCAACGUGUAAAUUGUAUUUUUCAAAAUAUUGACUAUGUUAUAAGAAGUAUUUAGAAUGGCUAAUAAAGCAGGUAAUAGAUGUAAUACUUCUGAUGAGAUGGAAGUGGAUUUUGUAAAUAAUGAACGCGAUAAUGAUGAAGAAGGGGGUAUAAGGAUAGAUGAUGACAUUUACAUUCCACCACCGCCAAGUAAGAUCAAUGAUCUAGAUGAAAAUGGACCUAGACUUAUGAUUACAAAAAUAGUUAAUGAAAACUUUAAAAGUUAUGCUGGCGCACAAGUUAUUGGUCCUUUUCACAAGUGUUUUUCAGCAAUUGUGGGACCAAAUGGAAGUGGUAAAAGUAACGUAAUCGAUUCAAUGCUUUUUGUAUUUGGUUAUAAAGCAAGUAAAAUACGCUCCAAAAAAAUAUCAGUUUUAAUACACAAUUCGAGUCAGCAUCCUAACUGCAAAAGCUGUACUGUUUCUGUAUAUUUCCAAAGAAUAAUGGAUAAGGAGGGUGAUGAUUAUGAAGUCGUACCGAAUAGUGAAUUUGUAAUAUCAAGAACAGCAUUUAAGGAUAAUACAUCAUAUUAUGAAUUAAACAAGAAGAAAGUACUAUUUAAGGAGAUAUCUAAACUUUUAAGAUCUCAUAGCGUUGAUUUAGAUUACAAUCGAUUUCUAAUUUUACAGGGUGAAGUAGAACAAAUAGCAAUGAUGAAACCAAAAACUGGAAAUGAUAAUGAAACUGGUAUGUUAGAAUUUUUGGAAGAUAUUAUUGGUACGGUGCGUUUUAAAGAACCUCUCGAAAAAUUGUUGGGGAAGGUUGAAUUAUUAUCAGAAUAUAGGAUUGAAAAAAUGAAUCGUCUUCGAAUUGUUGAAAAGGAAAAGGCUGCUUUACAAGAACCUAUGCAGGAUGCAGUUAAUUAUUUGAGAAUGGAGAAUGGUAUAACAAAAUUAAAAUAUCAGUUAUAUCAUUGUAAACGUGUUAGGAAAGAACACGAAGUUAAAUUACAAGAAGAAACAACGAAUGAAGUAAAAAAAGAUAUCCAAAAUCUUUUAAAUGAAUUGGAAAUUGUUCAACAAAAAAAGGAUGAAGAAGAAAAGUUACUCAAAGAAAAAAAUAAAAAAUGGGACAAAUUACAAUCUACUAAGGAUGAUAUUGACGCUCAAUUUGAAGAAAUAAGAAAUAAGGAUGAAUAUUUAUAUGCAGAAAUGAUAGAGACAAACAAAAGAAGGAAAGAGAACCUCAAAUUGGUGAAAACUGAAAAAAAUAAAUUAGAAGAAUUGCAAGCAAUACCUACAAAGAAUUCAAGCACAAUAGAAGAGUAUGAAAAACAUAUACAGAACGAUCUCCAGUUAACAGAAAAAGAGGAAGCUGCAUUGGUUACUUUAAUGAGUGGUGUGCGUGAAAAAACGGAACCAUUGCUUAAUGAACGAUCUCAAUUAGAGAAACAUUUAAUAUCUCUUAAAAAAGAUGUUAACGAAGCAAAGAGUACAUUUGAUAUUGAAAAUUCUAAAUUACAAUUAUAUACAUCUAUUGAACAAACGGAGAGAGAAAAAUUGAAUAAUAUAGAAGAAACUUUAGAAACUACUGUCAGUACGAUUAAACAAAGAACUGAACAACUUAUUUCCUUAAAUAAAAAAAUUCCUGCUACUCAAAAAAGCUUGGAUCAAGCACAAAAUGAAUUUAAAGAAGCAAAGGAUCGAGAGAUUCAGAUAACUUCCAAGCUGAAGAAUUUGAGAAUUUCUUACGAAGAAAAAAAAUCUGCUAUGCAAGCAAGUAAUUCUAGAAAUAAAAUUUUAACUUCACUCAUGAAAGAAAAAACGGAAGGAAGGAUUCCUGGUAUUUUUGGUAGAUUGGGUGAUCUUGGUGCAAUAGAUGCAAAGUACGAUGUAGCAGUUUCGACUGCUUGCGGUCCAUUGGAUAACAUAGUAGUGGAUACAGUUAGUACUGCUCAAGCAUGUAUUACUUUUCUUCGUGAAAAUAAUAUAGGACGUGCAACAUUUAUAGCUCUAGAAAAACAACAGCAUUUGCUUUCAAAAUGCAAACAAAAAAUAAAUACACCAAACAAUGUUCCUCGACUAAUUGACUUAAUACGUGUUGAGGAUGAAAAUGUAUUACCAGCAUUUUAUUACGGUUUACGCGAUACUUUAGUAACAAAUAAUUUAAAUCAAGCAACACAAAUUGCAUAUGGACCCAAACGUUAUAGAGUGGUUACUUUGAAAGGAGAACUAAUUGAAAUGUCAGGUACUAUGAGUGGUGGUGGAUCUACUGUAUUGAGAGGACGUAUGGGUCAAAAAGUGGUUAGAAAUGAACCUUCCAUUGCUGAUGUUGAUAAAUUAGAAAAGAAUCUUGAUAAAGUAUACGAAGAAUGUAACGAUUUAAGAAAUAAACAGCAGACUUUGGAAAAUCAAAUACACACUCUUUCAAGUUCGUUGAAAGAUAUGACACUAGAUCGAAAUAAAUUUAAUAUCGAGGUACAGACUCUUAAAGAACAAAAAUCAUUAUUAGAAGUACAGCUUAAGAAUCAAAAAAAGAAAGUUGCAGAAUCAGUAUGUGAUCCUAAAGAGAUACAAAAGUUGAAGAAAACUAUAGAUACUGCCCAACAGAAAUUGAAUGUAUUUCAAGAAAAAUCAAUGGUCGUUGAAAAUAAAGUUGCUGAUAUCAAUAUGACAAUUGAGAAAAUAUCUGGUGGACGUAUAAGGGAACAACAGCAAAAAAUAUCAAAUUUAACUAAACAAAUAGAAAACACAAAAGCUGAAAUCUAUAAAUUACAAGUGGCUAUUACAACGGCUAAACGAAAUUAUGACAAAGUGACAAAGCGUAUAGAAGUUCUUGAAAGUGAUAUAAACACUGGUGAAGAAAAACUACGUAAAAUGCAAGAGGAAAAAAAGGAUUUAGAGGAAAAAGGAAAAGUCCUAAUAGAAAAAUUGAACGAAGUUAAUAAGGUACUGGUAGAACGGGACGAAGCUACGGCGUCUAUAAAAGAAAAAUUAGAAAAAUUACAAAUCCGUGAAAAUAAUAUGAAAGCCGUAAAAAUAGAUUUAGAUCAGAAAAUUAAAAUUAAUAAGAGAGAUUUAGAGUCAAUCAAAGCACAACUUCUUGAAUAUAUACAAAAAAUAAAUUCUUUAAAACUUAAUACAAUUCCACAAGAGCAAUCUGAAGUAUUGAAAGAAUUAUCAGACGAAGAAAUAAAUGAAUUGAACGAAAAGGUUAUAACUGAGAAAUUGGAUAAAGCAAUACAACAUUUACCAAAAGAUAUUCCCAAUAUGCAAAUAAUUGCUGAUUAUGAAGAAAAAGACAAACUUUACUUGAAAAGAGUUGCAGAUCUCGAAUUAAUAACAACAGAAAGAAAUAAUUUGCGGGAUAUUUAUGAAAAAGCACGCCGACAAAGAAUGAGUGAAUUUCUUACUGGUUUCACAUUGAUAACGAAUAAACUAAAGGAAAUGUAUCAAAUGAUUACUUUAGGAGGGGACGCUGAACUUGAAUUAGUUGAUUCAUUAGAUCCAUUUAGCGAAGGUAUAGUUUUCAGUGUAAGACCACCAAAAAAAUCUUGGAAAAAUAUUAGUAAUCUUAGUGGCGGUGAAAAAACAUUGAGUUCUUUGGCUUUGGUGUUUGCACUGCAUUAUUAUAAGCCUUCGCCAUUAUAUUUUAUGGAUGAAAUAGAUGCAGCUCUAGAUUUCAAAAAUGUUUCUAUUGUUGGUCAUUACAUAAAAGAAAGAACAAAGAAUGCUCAAUUUAUAAUUAUAUCACUGCGGUCGAAUAUGUUCGAACUUGCAGAUUAUCUUGUAGGAAUAUAUAAAAAGAAUAAUUGUACAAAAAGUAUAAGAGUUAAUUUGGCUAAAUAUUACGUCAGUAAUGGAAUUUCACCUCCAACGCAAAUUACUAUGUCUAAAAAUUUUUAUACCCAAACACAGAUGUCGCAAAUUACAUCGACAAAUAAUGCACAAAAUGAAAUAAUAAAUAAAGAUAAAAAUGGACACUCAAAUGGAAUGAAUUUAAAUAACUUAUUUGAAUUACAAAAUUUGAGUUUGUGUGAAACUCCAAAAAAAUCUGAUAAUUCUAAUCAAGACAUUAAUAAUGAAGAAACAAAUGGAAACAAAGAACCUGCAAGAAAGAAAAGAAAAAUAUAGAAGUUCUUUAAUAACAGAUUAUUAUAUUAAGACGAAGGUAUGUUUUUUGUAAGAACAUAUCUUAUGUAAAAAAAAAUACACUGUGUGCAAUGCGAGGAAAUAAUUAUUUGAACAUGCAUUGUUCACGGAAUAUAUUUAAUGUCUCAUUUAUUAAUUUUUUUUGAAUUUUUCAACUUUUUAAUUUUUGUUAACAUUCUUUCUUAGACAUAUAUUUAAUAUGAAAACCGAUGUAGAUUCAUCUGUAGAAAACUAAUACAAAAUUACAUUUAUUAAUGAAUUAUUCUAUUUAAUUAAUAAUUUCAUUUAUGCAUCAUUUGAUUUUUUUUAAAGAUCAUAAUGUCUAUAACAAAUUGGCCUCACUUUGCAAGGAUUUUAUUUAUUGUUUUUACGUAAUAUACCUAAUUCUGUUUUUACACGAUAGAUAUGUUCUCAAAGAAUACGUGUAAAAAAAAUUCGCGUAAAAAAAUAUAUUGCAUCUAUGGAAAAAUAUAAGAUUGAUUCCAGUCUUAAAAAAUCAGCAAAAAUAAUACAAUAAACCAUAAGUUUGCAUGUUAGGAUCUUAAACAUUUUAUUUCAUAAAGAUUGCACAUGUGUAUCAUACAAAGUAAAUUAUCAUUUGAAAAGGAAAAAAACAUGUCAUUAAUUCAUGAACACAAAAAUUAGGCAAGAUAAUAUGAGUUACUCAUAAAAAGAUUUUAUUCAUUGUCAAAUUCCAAUCCGCGUUUUUUCGUAAACGGCUGAAUAUAUAUGCCAUGUUUAAAGGCACAAUGAAUAUUCUCAUGGACUACUAAAAGUGUGCAAAAUUUGAAAAUAAUCUGAGAUGUGCCUCACUGACCGACUCCUAACAUGAGACAUUUUGGUUAUAUUUGGUCCGGUCGACUUACAACGUUAUAAAAAUAACAAUUACAGUUAUAAAAAUAAAAGUAAAGUAAAAUUAACUUCUUAGAAUUUGGGUCGAUCGUGUUAAAUUAAAAUAAGUCAUAUAAAAAGAGAAUUAAAUUUUUUUUCCUAAUUCAUGUUAAAUCAAAAUCGUGUAAAAGAAGAAGUUCGUGUAAAAACAGAAUUGGAUGUAAUUAUUUUUAUUCUAACGCUUUAUGUAUUUGUAAAAUAGUCAAAUGGAAAACAAUACUUUUAUGGCUGUACAAUAAGGUAAUAAGAUAUAUGAACUUAAUACCGAUGAGAGUUUCUAUCUCACCUAUAUUUGGAAGAAUAAAAAUUGUAUAUGUGUACAGAUAUUUGUAUUUUAAAAAAGAUCAAUAUUGAAUCAAAUCGAUUAAUCAGAAAAAAUGUUGUAUUGUAAUAUAAACAUUGGUUUAAUUUAAUAGUAAUAGCCGUACGAAAUGAUAUAUCAACAAGAGCAAUAUUCUUUUAUAUACUUAUAAACUUAAAUACACAUAAUUAUAUUCGUA